CUGUUAGUGAGACCAGAGAGAGAGAGAGAGAGCGCAUCUCAUUUCCCUCUCCACCGUUUUUUUUUGUUGUUGUAAAGAGAGUAGCAAGGUGUGUAAGUGACGCAUAUAAACGUGUAUAAGUAGUUUUGUGCAUAUAGAAUAAUUAUAGAAUAAUUAGGCUAUUGUGUUUCGCUUUAAGCAGUAUUUAUAAAGUAGCCUUAAAUGUAUAUACCGUAAAAAAAAAAUACAAAAAAUACGCUACUUUUUUUAUCGAGUCAAAAAAUGCUUUGAGCUGAAGCGGAACAUCCUUCCGCUGCCAUCAUGAAGACAGGCUGCGGGGUCUGACAACACGCUCUCUCUCGUACGCCGGGCCCUGAUUGGAUGGAAUAACCAACCACCUGUGACGUCAGGUGACCUCGAUUGAUCGCAGGAGGCGGAGCCUGGAGUCAUCUCCGUGGCGUACACACAGAGAGAAGACUACAACAUCUCCCUAAAGAACUACAACCCCCAGAGAGAUGGUGACCACAACCCCCUGAUCUCAACCCUCCUCUCCUUCAGGACUACAACAUCUCCCUAAAGAACUACAACCCCCAGAGAGAUGGUGACCACAACCCCCUGAUCUCAACCAUCCUCUCCUUCAGGACUACAACAUCUCCCUAAAGAACUACAACCCCCACAGAGACGGGGACCACCAUCACACUAUGGACGUCACAACCCCCUGAGCUCCACAAGGACUACAACUCAACAUCUCCCUAAAGGACUACAACCCCCAGGGUUCUGAGCGGAGCAGCCAUGAGCGCAGCAGCAGCAGCAGCGGAGACCCAGGUGAAGUGUGUGCUGGUGGGGGACAGCGCUGUUGGGAAGACGGCCCUCCUGGUUCGCUUCACCUCAGAGACGUUUCCUGACUGCUACAAACCAACUGUGUACGAGAACACUGGCGUAGAAGUCUACAUGGACGGGGCUCCGAUCAACCUGGGUCUGUGGGACACGGCAGGAAAUGACACGUUCAGACAGAUCCGUCCGAUGUCCUAUAAGCAGGCGGAUGUGGUCCUGAUCUGCUACUCCGUGGCCAACGCCGCCUCCCUCGCCAACGUCAAGCACAAGUGGCUGGUAGAGGUGCGUGAGAAUCUUCCUCGUGUUCCGGUUCUGGUGGUGGCGACUCAGACGGACCAGCGUGACACCGGGCCUUACCGCGCCUCCUGCUCCUCCGCCGCCGAGGGCAAACGCCUCGCCCAGGACGUACGGGCCAAGGGGUACCUGGAGUGCUCGUCGCUAAGCAACCGCGGCGUGCAGCAGGUGUUCGAGUGUGCGGUGCGGACGGCGGUGAACCAGGCCAGGAAACGGACGCGUCCGCGGAUGUUUGAUAUCAACAGCUGCACGGUGUUGAUUUGACCUUUGACCUCAAAAAACCUUUGGGACCUCCUAGGGUUGGGGUUUGGUGAUCGGUGGAUACCCGAAGCCUCUAGCGACUGCUCUAGGAUCAGGACUCGGGGCCCAGUGGCGACUCCGACUUGGACUCAACACCGGGGACUUGGGACCGGACUGGCGGCUUAGUGACUGGACUACAUCACUGU